GCUGAAUAUGGAUUCCGGCUUCGUGAAGAAAAAUGUGACUUUUGCAUGGAGAGAGUACGCUACCUCGGUUUUAUCAUUGAUAAGGACGGGAGAAAACCAGAUCCAGAGAACACUCAAGCUUUGAAAGCAAUGCCGAGACCGACAGAUGUUCCCACACUUCGAUCCUUUUUGGGGCUAGUGAGUCAUUAUGGAGCUUUUAUCCCUGACCUUCAUCGUUUACGUGCCCCAUUAAAUAGUCUUUUAACAAAGAACGCAAAGUGGUGUUGGUCUAAAAGUUGUCAAACUGCUUUCGAGAAGAUCAAGAAACUGCUACUCUCGGAUCUGUCGUUGACCCACUAUGACCCAUCCCUACCUAUUGUAGUGGCAUCAGAUGCUUCAAACUACGGCAUUGGAGCAAGCAUUUCGCAUAUCAUGCCUGAUGGGUCUGAAAAAGCUAUCUCACACUCCGAACCCAAAUGUUCCAGACGGUAAGUCUCCUGCCGAAGCCAUGUUUGGAAGGCGUAUUCGAACCGUUUUCAACGCCAUGUUGCCAUCGAAAUUUGUGUACGGGCACAAUCAAAAUCCAAAUAUGCGG